GAAAUGGUUGGGGAUGGACAGUUUGUCUGUCAAGCUCCAAGCACUUACAAUACAUUUAGUGAACGAAUAUAAUGAUUAGCUAACAAAUGUCUGCAGUGAAACAAAAGCCGUUCGUGCGAUUUGAUUGAGCUGUCUUUCAACUCCUCUUGUCACAGAAAAAUUGCGUUACCGCUCUUACGUCAGCCGUUUAUCAUGGAGGAGUAUGCCCGUGAACCUUGUCCAUGGAGGAUAGUUGAUGACUGUGGGGGUGCAUUUACCAUGGGGGCCAUUGGAGGGGGGGUCUUCCAGUCUGUUAAAGGUUUUCGCAAUGCCCCUGUGGGUGUACGACACAGGCUGAGAGGGAGUGCAAAUGCUGUGAGAGUUAGAGCACCACAAAUUGCAGGUAGUUUUGCUAUAUGGGGUGGACUCUUUUCCACAAUAGACUGUUGUUUGGUGCGUCUACGGGGAAAGGAAGACCCUUGGAACUCCAUCACCAGUGGAGCUAUGACUGGAGCUAUACUGGCUGCACGCAGUGGGCCACUAGCUAUGGUGGGCUCUGCGAUGAUGGGGGGAAUUCUGCUUGCCCUGAUUGAGGGCUUUGGGAUACUCCUUACUAGAUACACAGCACAGCAGUUCCAGAAUUCGAGUCCCUUUGUGGAGGACCCGAGUCAGCUGCCCCCGAAAGAAGGAGGCCAGGGAACCCAUGGUUAUGGACAGUAUCAUUAGAGCCACUGUGUUACCAUGGUGACUGUAAUAUAAUAGACUGUGAAAAAAGUGAGAGGACUGUUAGAAGUUUAGGAGCCUCCGCUUACAGGAUCCUCCAGAGACUAGUGGAGAGGAUACUAGCCAGAAACUUUCAUCGUCCUUUAUUGAUGAUAGAUAUUGAUGCCACUCAGGGGCAAACAGUAAGUAAUUUGUGUAAUUUAUGAAUUUUGAUAUACACUUUGAUAUUUUGUCCUGUUGCAAAGGGAAGGAGUUGGAACAUUGGUAACCAAAGAUGCACAUACCUUCGAUCUGAUUAUUUUUGUAGUUUACACCUAUUUCAACACAUCAUAUGUUGAUGACAUAAGAAAAAUAUAUAGUGAUUCUACACUAGACAAGUCUUAAGGACUUUACAUUUCGAGCAAUUUUUAGGAAGUCACACUUAGUGGAUCAGAUAAAUGUAAAGUAUUUACCUGAAAAAACAAUUAAACAUACAAAAAGCGAGUUUUAAAUCAUUCAAAUUUUAACAAAGCAAAUGAGAAAUGUAUGGCUGCAGUAAAUUUUUCUAUUUAUCAUUA